CAUGUCUGGUUUUUACAUAUUUUUUCUUUAAAUGUAAUUAUUGGCAUUCAAGUAAAGAUUAAUUGUCUUUUGGAUGUGUUAACUUGCUUAAAAAGCAAAUGUGGGGAUCAAAUCUAUUGUUUAAAUAUAAAAAACGGUUCCAGCUAUUACGUUUACAUUUUUCAAGUCGUUUUCAUUGUUAAUAAAAUAAGUGAAUAUAAAUAUUAUAAGAACAUAAUAUUCGAUGGUACACGUGAAUGGAAAGAGGCUGCGAAUUUCACCACAAUCCACAACAUCUUACAAGGUUGGUAAAGGAUUUACCAAGGCCUGGUUUUGUAAAUUUCUCCGGUCGAGAUAUAAAUUUCCAAGAUGAUUCAAAACCAUUGCGAGAGUAGCUGUAGUAGCAACACUACCGUGAGCCCGAUAAAGAUUUCAAUUUUGUCAGAUACAACGAUAAACAUGAGCACUAACCAGUUACAUGAAAUCGAAAUAGAAAGUAAAUAUGUAACAUUGCAACUGCACACUCAAUCAAACGAACAGCAACAGCUUUUAACCCAAUCUGGUGUGCAGAAUAGUUGUGAUAUUACAACCAAUGAACUUGACAUUUUCACUACCGAAGCUAAUUGCGGAUACGAGCAUUUGAUAGAUAUUAUGAAACCAUUACCAUUAACGCCAGAAAAUUAUCCAACUAGUGUCAUAACCAAUGAAUAUUCUUGUAGCUCAAAUCAAACUAACAAGGACACAAGCAUGACUGAUGUUGUGCAUGUUUCCGAUGCAUCCAAUCCUUCCGAUGAGCUAAACCGUGAGGAGGAUAUUAUACCAAAUGAUGAGCCGUAUAAAUAUCUACAAGAACUUAAUUCCGAUAAUCUUAUGCAGUUCAGCCAGCAAUCGGCCAUACAGGAGUUGAUACUGAAGCAGCAAUUGGAUGCUAAACCGAAUUUGGACAUUUUGCCCACAUUCGAGGAACACGACAUUGGUGGCUACAAAUUCAACGUGCAAAUCGAUAGUAAUAUUCAAGCCAAGAAGAGUUGGAUGUACUCGCCCAAUCGCAAGAAGCUCUAUAUACGCAUGAAUGAAAUCAUUUCAUUGGAGGCUGUGUACGUGCCCAAGCUGCCGGUGCAGCAACUACGCGUGCGUGUGCUCAUGAGUUUUAAGAAUGAAGUGAGCGAGCCUGUGGUACGUUGUCAGAAUCAUCUCAGCAAGGAUACUGAGACGCAAGAGCAGCGCCGUCACAGCUUGCUGCGCUGUGAAAAUCCUACUGCUGAGUACUGCGGCACAGCUGAUGGUAAGAGCAUUAAUGAUCGUUAUUCGAUUUUAAUGCCGCUCGGUAUUAGCGCUAUGCCAAAGAAUGACAGUUCCAUUUCGCAAACGAUCGCCAUCAAGUUCACGUGUCAGAAUUCAUGUAUUGGACGUCGGGAGACAAGCAUUAUAUUUCUGCUGGAGGGCAUGAGUGGUGAAAUUCUCUCACAACGUGUGCUGGACGUGAAGAUUUGUAGCUGUCCAAAGCGCGACUACGAAACUGAUGAGGGCAAACGCGCCGUGCCAACGAAGCGUAGGUCGAAUGGAGAAAUGCCCAGUCACACGGCCAAAGUAAUGCGUGCCAGCAAUGACUGCAACAACAAGCAUGCAAAAGCUUUGAAAGAUGAAGACACAAGCAGCGAUUUAGAGAACAGCGAUAGUGGUCUUAGCACUGCGCAUGAGUUUGAUCUGCAGCCAACGCCAAGCGGCGGUUAUCGCCUUGUCAUCGAACUCGAUAAAGAGUUGAUGCAGAAAGCGGUGGAGAACUUAAACCAGGUGGUGGCGCUGAAAAUCUUUGAUCAACCACAACAAGCCAAGCAUUAUAAUAAAAUGUGUCGCAAGCUGAGUCGUUGGAGAGAAAAGCUGCAGCGUAAAUAAUUUUAAGUGUAAGUUCAGUGUUAAAAUUGCCUUUACUACUAUGUAUAUAGUUAGUUAUAAGUAAAGUGAGGUUAAAGUUAGUUCUAGUUUUAUGUGUACUUACAAUGUCUUGUUGAAGUUGAAGUUCAGUUCAUCUGAUUUGUCUUGUAUCCAGCCAGUAAGUUGUAUGCAUUUAUUUCCCAGUGAAAUAUUACGCACUACGCGCCUACAUGUAUUUGCAUUUGGUUUCCAUUUUUUGUUAACUUUAUGUUAUUUUUGGGCUUUCGGACAUAUUUCAAUUCCUUGUAUGCUUUGAAAUUUUCUGUUAAAGCGCUUUAAUGUGUGUAAGUUUUUAGUUAUACGUUUUUUGUUGUUGUUUGCGUAUUGAAAUUACUUACACAAAAAAAAAAAAAAAUAAGUAUUUUAAAGUGAAUAAAACCAUAACUGUGAAUGAUCAAUUUUGUUUUUUUUUUUUACAAAAAUAAAUUGGUACAAAAGAAAUUAUAAAAGAGAGAAAUUAUUAAGAGCAAUAUAUGUAUAUGUACAUAUCGCUCAUUUACUUGAAUAGUGUCACAACUCAAAAAAGUCGAUUUUUGUCGGAGAGCGAUUUAAAGUUUUCAAUUGUCCCUUAUUUAGCAAAUAUAAUAAAAUCCCAACAGUUUAUUGACAAAUCUAGUGGCCUGUAAUAUAUUAAAUACAAUGUUGGGCAUAAUUGGACCAAAUAGAGUGUACUAAAUCUUUUUCUGGGGCAUAAAUGUGACCCAUUUUGAAUUAUGUCGUUAUUUGUGAAAAAUAUAAAUAAAUUUCGCCGUCAUAAGUCAAAUGUGUCGCUUUUGCUGAAAAAAGCAAUAUGAAAAAUUUAAUUAAUUUUUCACCAAUAUCGUUUUAAUACAAAAUGUGUCGUUCGUUCUUUCUGGAAAGAAAAUCAAAUUCACCUUUUCACAAUAUAUGUUGGAACACAAAAUAUGUCGCUAUUUCGUAAAAAAAUUAUAACUAAUUCUGGCACAACUGAAAUGUGUCGUUAUUGAGGUUAAAAGCUAAUGCAACAUAACAAGUUUAAUAACGGCACAUUCUUAUAUUUAUAUUUUUUUUAUAUAUUCCUACGCAUCGAAAUGCAAUUUUUAUGCAAUAUGGACGAUGAAAGUGCGCACAUUACUGCAUACUCAACUCAAAAAUCGUGUUUUUUGAGUUGUGACACUAUUCAAGUAAAUGAGCGAUAUCUAUUUAAAGAAAAAAAUAUAUAAAUUUAUAUAAAAUUUUAGAAAUAAAGCAAACGAGUUGCCACCUCAUCAAAAAAUUACUUUUCUAGAAUUUAUUAAACAAAUUAUAUAUUUUACGCACAAUUACUAAUUACAAAUGAGCUUCUCUAACUCGAAUCACCAUAAUCCACAAAAAAAAAAUUCGAGUUAGAGAGACUUUCGAGUUACGGAAGGUAAUUUUUAUGAAAUUUGACUUUUAUUGCCAAUUCAAGAGUUUGGGUUAUGGAGAACUUUGGGUUAUGGAAGUCCAACUGUAUUUCAAUUGUACAGUGUACAAAAUAAUAUGAAAAUCUAACAAAUAAUAUACAAUACAUUCAUUUCGCCAAAAUAUUUAUAUAUGCAUAUAAAAUUAUGCCAUCCAUCCGGAUAGGCCGUGAAUAUAAUAUUUCAUAUUUACAUAGAAAUCAUUCAAAAAUAAUUAAAUUAAAUGAAUGUACACCAGAACUACUUUGUUUUAAUACUGUUAAUUUGGCUUAAAAAUGCUUGAUAAAAGUUUGCCAUAUGAUUUGAGUGUUGUUUAUCAAAUUUUGUUUUGAGCCACAAGUUAUUGCGAUUGCAGAUUGCAGAUGUAUGAAUUCUUUGUUUUUGUUUUGUGUCAAAUAUAGCUUUAAUUGUAUUACAUUUAAGUUAUUGUUUAAUGAAUUAUAUGUGCCAGUAAAUUUAUUGUAAAAUGUGCGAAAAAUAAACAACUUAAAUGACCAAUAAAUUUGUUGUAAAAACGCGGCGAAA